AUGACAAUACCAUCGCCGUUCCCGCUCUCCAUCCCCGCCCCUAUCCCUAAACCCAUCAUCGUUAAUAGAUUUCGGGAAAUCCUCGUCCCCGUCCCCGGGUGGCAUUUUAAACCGAAAAACUGCAAAAACCAACCGACAAUUUACCGCAAUGAAACCGCAAUCGCAGUAAACCGAACUGCAUUUGCGUUACUGCAAAUUGCAAAGUAUAGCCGCACAGAUGAUGAAGUUGAAUUCUACAAGGAAAUGGAACAUAUGACAACUUAUAACAUUGAUGCUCAAACAACACAACGAGGUUCUUCAAAUCCACUCGCCACCAACACUUGA